CUAUACUUAUAUUCGUGAACGCGCGCGCAUCGGCCACACGUUACUCGCUUUCCGCGCGAAACACAUCACAAAUAAAAAACAAAAAAAAAUGUGUAAUAUGUGCACUCGUGACGUCGUCGCGGAGAGUGCGCCGCCGCCGCCGCCGAAGAAGAGCAACAGUUUGGAACGCAUGAAGAGGAAACAUGGAAUAGUCACAGACCCUGAAAAUGAGGAUAAGCAGAAGGAGGUGGCAUACCAGCCGGACCUGCUGGCGGUGUCCACGCAGUACUCCAAAGUGGCUUACGACAUCUUCAAAUCUACGCUGGUCCGGGUGCAAGAAACUAAGGCUUAUGUUGUCCUGACGCGAACAUCACAACCAUUCCACGUGGCGCUAGCAAUCCUGGUGAUACUGGCCUGGCUGGCGCGCCCCGGCGGCACGAGCAACCUGCGCGGCUGGCGCGCGCUCUACGUCGGCGCCGUGGCCACGCACCUCGGCUCGCAAGUGUGGAUGACGCUGGUCUCCGGCAUCGUGCUAUACUUCAAUCUCCCUCGGCACGAGUUCGGUCGCGUACAGACGGUGUUGUUUCCUGUCUACUACGCGUUCAACGCGUGCGUGAGCCUGGUCGCGCUGUUCGCGUACCUCCGCACGCAGACCAUUACGCGGUUUGAGCAAGCUAGCUGGAUACAGUUCGCGCUGCUAACCGCCGUGUUCUUGAUUGAGGCCUACGUGCGUCUGCACCUGGUGAGCCCCAUGCUGCGAGCCAAACACAUUAAGACUCAGAUGGAGGAGGCCGCCGGAGGCGGACAAGAGGUCGGCCGCCUGGUCCUGGGCGAGCUGGCGCACUGCCCCCGCUACCUCCGCGUACUCAAGGCCUUCCGCGCCUACCACUCCACUAUCGCCGUCGGCACCAUGCUCACGCUCGGCUGCUCGCUGUACUCCACCAUGGUGAUCGUCGACGCCAUGUGCCGCUAGUCCUGGCCUCUGUGAUGUCACAGUCACAGUGACCCCACGGAUCAAGGCAGUUUGAUAGUCUAGACAAGCUGCUAGAUUUAAAGUACGGGGCAACACUUUUGAAAAGCUGACAAGGUG